AUGGACUUCUGGAGCCGCCUGCUAGGAAGUGCCAAUACGCCCAAGAAGCCCUCGAAACCGCCCGCCAAUGACCCUCAGACGCGCCUGGCACGCUUCAGACGCGUGUAUAACAACAUCCUCGAGCUCUGCGAUCGACCGCGCACGUUGGAGUCGGAGGCUCCGCUGCUAAAGCAGCUGCACACGCAUCUGGAGCGCCUUGCUACGCUGCUGCGCGAGGAGUCGCGAGCGCCGGUGCCCCAUAUCUGCUUCCAGUUCGCGGCUAAGAACCGCAUCUAUAAUGCCGUCUGUCGCGUGGCUACAGUAAGUCAUUAUGAGCCCAUCAUACGCGCCGCCGUGGCCGCCUUUGCCGCCUUGGUGGACAGCGAGGAGGAGGACUUUUUGGCCAACGGCAACUUUGCCCGAAGCCUGAUGCUGCUGGUCCGCAAGGUCGUCGACAGCGGCGAGUACCUGAUCGAUGUGGACACGGAGACGGAGAUACUGGAACUGCUGUUCACCAUUGCGGCCAAGAUCCGUCUGCAGCCAGACAUCCUGCCAGUGUGGUUUCGCAGCACCGUCAAGCCGGACCAGGAGCAAGUCGUUGUCCAAGAGAAGAAGAGCAGCUUUGUGGGCAUCACGCAGAAGGAUGACUUCCCGCUGUGCUAUCUCCUCAUUGACCGAGUGCAUCACGAAGGUCGAAUUGGCGACUUUGCGCGGACUGGUCUGCUAUACGUAUUCGAAGCGACAGGACGCUCCCGGGAAUUGGAAGAAUGGGUCAUUAGCAGCGACUUGCCGACGCUGAUGGCAUCAGGCCUGGGAGCUCUGUAUAGCCAGCUCAGUCGAGAGUUGAGCAUCUUGCAUGCUGAUGCCGAAUUGCCUGCCGUGCUCGCUAUGAGCGACUAUGCAACGACGCACCCACGCGCCACAGCUGAGUCUGCCUUUUCUGAUCGGCACAAAUCCCACAUGGCCACCUUCCUCUCGUACUUGGCUUUCUGGCAAGACGUGCUGGACCAUUGCCGCAGUGAAGAUGUGAAGCGAACGCUGCUGGACCACUUCCAGAUCCUCUUUCUGCAGCAAUUACUGUACCCAUCUCUCUUGCAAUCGAGCGAUACCGAUGCUGGUAGCUCCAUCGCUGUACUCACAUACAUGACUGCAAUGCUGGAGUCACUGGAGUAUCCAGAUCUCAUCGACAUGAUACUCCGAUAUCUCCUCGCAAUAGCAGAAGACGAAAGCAGCACUGUGCCCUCCACGCCUCAAAAGGCCGGCCGCUCCAGUGGCGCACCCGAUUCGCCAAGUACGAUCAGAAAACGGCAGAGUUUGUUGCUUCUGAGUGCGCCGCCCAAUCCCGACGAUGCUGUUGAGCCGGCAUUGUUCAAUUUAGUCGACCUCAUCACCAAUAACGUGGCUUCACAAAACGGCCAGAGUGUCUAUGCUGCACUGAAGCUUGCCUCGACGUUGAUCUUCAGACAGAAGCAAUAUGCGAUUGGGCAUUUGCUCAAGACGCGCAAGUCUAAACCGACCGCCAUUGGUCGCACAGUUGGCGCGCUUGAACUCGAAAUCGACAAGUAUGGUCAGCUUGCCUCAGAUCUGCAUCGGCACUAUGAUCUCGACGACGCAUACGGCCGGCUUUGUGAAGACAUGCGCAGUCGCAUCGAGUCACAAGUACCUCUCCUGCCAGCCCAAUCGACUGCGGCCGACGAGAUGAAAGUGGUGGGUAGCUAUCAAUUGGCAUUGGAAGACCCGCUCAUGCAAACUAUGCUCAACCUUCUGCGCACAUUCUUCUCCAAUAGUAUCGAUGUCAAUCUCGAGCUCACUCAGACCAUCAUUGCCGUCUUUCAUUGCGUGGAGCUGCGUCUGGACUCGUGGGUUGCUGUUGAGCCUGCAUUGUAUCAGCUUAACGAUACUCUGGGCCCGAGACGAAGCUGGCAAGAAUAUUUUGACAGCGAAGAGCAGGAGGCGUGGGAUGCUUUGGCAAAAGGCAUCCAAAUGCCCGCCUGGACUUCCGAGGCUGCACCUCAGCUGCACAGGGAGCUCGGAGUUCUAGCUCAGGAGCUCGAUGGAGUACGAGCCACGAUUCCCAAUCUCGAUCAACUCAUUGCAGGGAGAAAGGUCAUGCUGCAAGCAUCUGGUCACGACACCACUGUUCUAAGCGAGCCUUCAUCAGCGAUGGGUAGUCCUGUUCCACGACGUGCAAUGUUACAAGUGCUGAACAGUCAACGAGCCCUGAGCAGCAGAGACUCCAGUCGCUCUUCGAUGCUCGGUCGUGGACGAACGGAUGAAAACAAGGCGGCGACCAAUGCAUCGACACCACAUUCUGCACGUGAAAGCUCCGCCACAUCGCCGAUUGCUUCUAGAACGACUUCUCAGGCGAGGCCGAUGAACAAUUCCAGUACAUCACCUCCUUCCGGCUCGUUUUUCAAACCUCCCCCGCCCGAAACGCCUUCGACUACAGAUGUUCUGAUGCAAGUCAUCACCUUCUCCCAACCCGAUGACAAUGUGUCAGGGAUGAUGGAUGAAGCCGAGAACAAAGCUUCACAGCCUCGCACGGCAAGCCUCAACCACGUGUUAACAAACGUCGUGGUCUUGCAAGAAUUCAUUCUUGAACUUAUUGCUGUGCUGCAGCUUCGCGCUGCAGUACUAGGAGAUGGAGAAGUUCGAAGCACCGUUGCAGCAGCAUGAGUGAGAGCAAAAUUCUCUUCUUGUGUAUCUUCUUUCCGUCAUGUCAAGCGAGUGUUGAGCCACGUUCUGUUUGUGUAUACAUGGAUGUUCGCAGUCCUGGGUCAGAAGUCACUGCGGCAUACCGAGUAGAUUCUGAAACAUGUUUGUAUAUACUUACCUUGG